UACCGAUUCUGCGCCUGCUGGGAUUUCUAUCGGCUUCCGUUCGCUAUUUCUAUACUGUCUUCCUCAUUCUAAAUAGGUCAGGAAGACGUCUAAGGAAAAAGAAACAAUCCUUUGCUAAUAAAAGAAGAUGGAGCAGCCUGCCAACCGGUUUCAAACAAGCGAUCCGAUGUCUGACCUCACACUUGUGGUGCAAGACAAGAAACUCUUCGUUCACAAAACAUUUCUCAUGGUGCAUUCGACUGUGUUCUACAAAGUGUUUAUGGCCCAGAAAGAUUUAAGGAUUCUUCCACUUACAGGAAAGAAAUAUUCUCUAGUGGUUGACCUUCUACAGCAGAUCUACCCUGGAGACGCCGUUAGCUUGUUUAAAGACGACACCCUUCUAGACCUUCUUGAACUAGCCCGUGAGUACGACGUCCAGCAGGUGUUCAACAACUGCAGUCAGUACAUCACCAAACGGCUGGACAGCAAAACAGCUUCUCUGUCUACUCAUCAUGUGCUUUUCUAUCUGGGAAUAGUGGACGGGUACGAACGGUUGCAAUCGCUACGACAAAUGCUCGUGGACAUGGCCAGUCGGGUAUCAGCCACCGAGCUGCGGAGAAGCGACAUGUACUCGGCUGUACCCGCAACAGCCAUGAGAGAUGUCCUGCAGCGGCGUAUUGAGUUAUUUGAGACAGACCCGGAUGUUGCUGAAUGUCUGAAGAGAAAGAAUCUUAAAUGAACCUAAUGUUUAGGUGUGCAGAGAAACUCACCCGUAUGAUUCGGUAUGAUUGUUCAAUGUUUGUGUACAGAAUGCGAAAAUACGAUUUUUGAAUAUGUAGUACGAGUUUUGCUCUCAGAGUUUGUUGUUGGUUUUUGUUUUUUUUUAAUUUUAUUCUGAUCACGGCCCAGUCCUUUUUUCUGUCCACCAUUGUUCUGUCCUGCCAUUUCCAGUGCAUAUGUUGCAUGUCUGCAUUACAAGCAUGCCAUCCUAGAGAGUUGCCAGAAGAGCAUCGUUCACAGGUACCAAAGUUCCAUAUGGCACUAACUAAAGAAAGCAGACCUGUCUAAACUCAUACACAACUGACUUCAAGUACAUUGAGGCCAGCAGUGUAAGGGAAGUAACUAUGCAUGGUGACUAUUUAAUGUCAACAUCUCAACAUCUCAACAUCUCGGUUGAUAGUGUUGCCAUGAGAAGUCCCGGAAAUAUGUAGCGACUGAGAAAGGCGUGUCUGCGAUGCUCAAUCAAACGAUUUUUCUAUAAUUUAUAUUAAAAAAUGCAGGAAAAUAUGAAAAAAGUAGGAAAAUACGACAGAAAUUAUUUUAUUCAUAAUCUGUCAGACUUUUAUUUUCUGUAAAAUAUGGAUAUUUUGGACACAGAAUAUGGAAAUGGUAUUCUGGGAUAUAUUUUGGAAAGAGUAAGAAUGUCUGAGUGUGUAAGUCGGACUAUAUUUAGCCAUGCCAGUGAGUUUUGUGACAUUAGCCAUGACACAUUAAUAAAUCAUAUCACAUGUCACUGAUUAAUGAUUGAAUUACAUCGAGGUGAGUGUAGAAACAGAGUAAUAGAGACUAUUGUUUACAUUAUUAGAGUGUUAACAUUACUAAAAGUUUACAGUAUUGUAGUUUUUGCAUUUUUAUCGUGUUCGUAGUUGUCACCAUAGUAACUACAGUCCUAGCAUUCAACUUUUGACCUCUGAAAGUAUGAGAGAUUUUUUCAAGUGACUUCGGUUCCCCUAAUUUCCCCUCAAGACAGUAAGAGAUACAAAGACAGGAAAAAUAAAGAGAAAUGCAUUUUUUGUGAUCACUUUUACAAAUGAUUUUUAGAUGCAGCUUUUAUUGUUUUAGACAAAUGUGGGCACGCACUCAUUCUAGAGAGAUGUCUUUCAUAUAUGUAUAUAGAUAGAUAUGGCACUUUGGGAUACAUUAUAUAUGUAUAUAUUGUUUUACACAUUACAAAGUGGUUAUUAUUACUAGUGUCCCCUUCUCCUUGAAACCGGUAAUAAAUUUAUU